AUGGCGAACACAUGGAACGGCACGCCGCUGGACGAGGUGCAAUUCCGCCGACCUGACGUGAUAGGCUACUGGCAGGGCAUCCAUGAGAACAGCAUCCAUGCCAUCCUCCGUGAAACGCCNUUUUUCGAUCCGACCACCAAGAAUGGCCUCUUAUGGAAGCAAGCUGAGAUUCACCUUCCCAUCUGGGACCUGUGCCGCAACCGACAGGCCUUCGAGACACGCUUGAAGCAAAUGAACGGCGUCGAGUAUUUAAUCGUUGGUGAACCACAACCGAACGCGGAUCCAGCAUUGGGUCCAGAUACUGGCAUCUGGGUCAUUCGCAAGCAAGACCGCCGCAAGAGACCUCCACAGCCCGACGAGAUCACUGUCCUGGCCACUUACUACCUGGUCGGCGAGAACAUGUACCAAGCGCCCUCCGUUUACGAUAUCGUCGGCAACCACCUCCUCUCUGCCAUGACGUCGCUCACAAAAUUUACCCAAGCCGCCGCUCCUCUACCGCUCUACACUCCUGCGACAGGCUAUACCUACUACCCACCCGCUACUGCAAAGACACUCGCCGCAUCGCAAGCUUUGACCUCGACCAGUCGAGAGGCCAGCACAGCACCCACACCAGCCGAACUGCCCUCCGCAGCCAGUCUUGAUCCAACCGCACAGUCCACCACCUCGACAACCGAAUUGAAGACGACGAAAGACACGGACCCUCGUGCGCAAAGGGCCCUCCAGGACUCGUUACAGAUGAUGCUCCACUACGGAGACGAAUACAUGGAUGAGAANCCCCUGCGCGGCGAACCCGGCAACUUCACCUUCUCGGCCACAAAACACCACGUUCGCGCAAAAGCCGAGGCCGCCGAAGCUGCAAAAGUCAAAGAGGCCGAGUUGGCAAAGAAGCUGGAAGAGGCAAGAUUGGCUGCUCAGGCUACACCAUUUGCGUCGGCAGCUGCGAAAAAGGACGAAGAAGAAAAGACCAAGAAGAAGGUCAGGGAUAAGAUCAAGAAGAGGAGAAGCAAGGGCUUGGCUACCAAUCCGAGCACACCUGCCAGUCCUGCUACCCCGGCUGCUUAG